ACAAGAAUCAACAUCCUCUCUUUCUCUUCCACUUUCUCUUUCUCUUCAAAUCCUUAACCUUUAUUUCUUUUUAAUUCUUCCCCAUUUUACUUUCAUCAUCAUUUUCCUCUUUUUCCUUUGUUUUUACAAACAAAACACACACUUUAUUUUAUAUUCUCCAGUACACAUACUGGCCCCAGUUUAGCAACCAAAAGCACAACCCCAAAAAAAUAAAAAUCAAAAAAAUUCACAUUCUCCAAUUUGCUUCACUCAAACGGCAUUCUCUUCUCUUUCACACUCCCUCACUAUCCACUCUCUUUCACACACUUUCUCUCUCCUCUCCUCCCUUCUUCUUCUUCUUCAUCUUCUUCUUCUUUUCUCACUCAACCAAACAAACAAACAAAACUCAAACUCAACUAAAAAAAUAUGCAUCAUUUCCUCACAAAAUCCCACAUUUCUUCCAUACUCUAAAACCCCAUAAAAAUCAAACUAUUGUAUAAUUUUGGGGUUUUUAUUUUCUUAAAAAAAAAGAAAAAGAAAAAAGAGAAGAAAAAAUGGAAAAAAAACAGGGGUUUUUCUCAGCAUUAAAAGAAGAAGUAGUAAGAGGAUUAUCACCAGGUAAAUCAAGAGCUAAAAGUCCAGCAAGAAAUAUGUCCCCCAUGACAGGAUUACUUCGACGGCGUAAAAACCACCACCACGUGGCAAUACCUGAAGUGUUGAUUGCAAGAUCCGGUAGUUUAAGACCACCUGAGAUGUUAUCUCCGUUAAGAGAAGGACCUGACCAGUGCGGUGCACGUGAUGAGAGAGAAGAUACUGGGUGGGCCCAUUGGAUGAAACGUAACCCUUCAGUUUCUGCCUCUGCAUCUUCUUCUUCAUCUUCUGCUGCCUGUAAAAGGUCCGAUCUAAGAUUAUUACUUGGUGUCUUGGGUGCGCCUCUUGCACCCGUGCACGUUAGUGCUUCUGACCCACUUCCUCAUCUCAGUAUUAAGGAUACGCCCAUUGAAACUUCUUCUGCACAGUAUAUCUUGCAACAAUACACGGCUGCUUCUGGAGGGUUGAAGCUCCAAAACUCUAUUCAUAAUGCAUAUGCCAUGGGGAAGUUGAAGAUGCUAGCUUCUGAUCUUGAGACCCCCAAUAAGGUUAUCAAGAACCGUAAUUCCUCCAAGUCUGCAGAGUCUGGUGGGUUUGUGUUAUGGCAGAUGAAUCCUGAUAUGUGGUAUGUUGAGCUUGCACUUGGUGGUAGCAAGGUUCACGCUGGUUGCAAUGGGAAGUUAGUUUGGAGGCACACCCCUUGGCUCGGUGCACAUGCUGCUAAGGGUCCGGUUAGACCCCUUCGCCGUGCACUACAGGGCCUUGAUCCAAGAACCACUGCUGCAAUGUUUGCGAAUGCAAGAUGCAUUGGCGAAAAGAAGAUUAAUGGAGAAGAUUGCUUCAUCCUUAAACUGUGUGCUGAUCCCAAGACGUUGAAGGCCAGGAGUGAAGGACCAGCUGAAAUUAUACGCCAUGUUUUAUUUGGUUACUUCAGUCAGAAGACCGGGCUUCUUGUGCACAUAGAAGAUUCUCAUUUGACCCGCAUUCAGUCUAACGGAGGAGAUGCUGUAUAUUGGGAGACAACAAUCAAUUCAUGUCUUGAUGAUUACAGACCCGUUGAAGGCAUUAUGAUUGCUCAUUCAGGGCGUUCGGUGGUAACCCUUUUCCGAUUCGGGGAAACAGCAAUGAGCCACACAAAGACCAGGAUGGAAGAAGCUUGGACAAUCGAAGAAGUAGCUUUCAACGUCCCAGGCUUAUCAAUUGACUGUUUUAUCCCUCCAGCAGAGAUUAGAUAUAGUUCUGUUGGUGACUCAUGUGAGCUCCCGCAUGGCGACAGGCUGAAGACUAUGUCAGCAACAGCAGCAGCAUAUCGUGCCAAAGUUGCUUCAAUGGACAGAUCAUAUGAGAGCAAUAGGAACAACAUGUCUUGGCCGAUUGACGAUAUGCAUGUUGAUCAUUGAUGAUGGAGGGUUAACUCUGGAAUUCUCCAUACAGGUAGUAGACAGGAUAGCUAGAAUGGUAGAAGAUAGAAUUUUUUAAGGUUAAGGUUGGGUGUGUAGGAGCAUUUCUUCUCUUCAGCAGAAAUUUUCCAUUGGAUUCUUUUGUCUCAUUGAAUCUGUAAAUAGAGCACAGUGAUUCACAAGAGGGCCUUUAUACAAAAAGGGCAGGGUGAGUUUUCACAGUGCAAAUUUUAAUUUUACUGCGAGGUUUGGGUUGAGGAGGGUCUCUUGUGGAUCUUGAAUCUAAUGGAUUCUGCGAUUUAGUACUUCCCUUUAAUUAAUUGAUGGUAUCUCAAGAUCAUCCAUCUUCUAUAAUCUUUGUAAAAUUACUUUCAUCUGCUGACCCAUCAACUGAUGAUGAGAUAGAUAUCUUCUGAUUAUCUUGUA